AUGUCAGAUCCGGAAAUGCAGAAAGAGGUUGACGAAGUCGACAGCAGCAAGGCCAUCAACGCCACAAGCUGGAGCUUGGGGAUGAAGAUCUAUCAGACUGCCAUCCCCUGCUUCCUGGCCUUUUUAAUAACGUUCUCCGCAUCCGUCACAGUUCCUGCCACCUCUGCCCUCAUGAUCGAGUUCGCCGUCAGCCGCACCGUCGCGAUUCUCUCCGAAACCAUGUACAUGCUGGGGCUGACCUUUGGGCCCAUGAUCAUGGCACCCCUUAUCAUUGCCUUUGCAUGCGGUGCUGGAGGGGCUCGAAAUUUCGCCACGUAUUUGGUCUGCCGCUUUCUCUGCGGAGGGCUGGGAUCAGCAGGCGUCGCCAUCGGUGCUGGAACAAUCCUCGAUGUCUGGGGGAUCGGCACCAAGGCGGGAGCCAUGGUUAGCCUCCUCUUUAUCUGCGGCCCGUUCUUUGGUCCCUCUCUCGGCCCGCUGGUCGGGGCAUAUAUCAUGGACGAAUACCAUGGCGACUGGCGAUGGACGCAGUGGGUUGUGGCCUUGAUCGGGGCGCCCAUAUGGAUUUUGAUCCUCUUCAUGAAGGAGACGUCCGACUCGCGGGUCCAGGUUACGGCGAAUCACUCGGGUCGUUUCAGUACUGUGAGGCUCGCCUUGUCGAUGCUCAAGGCGGCCGUGUUCCGCUCCAUGGCCAUGCUGACCACCGAGGCCAUCGCCUUUUCGCUGACUCUAUACACGGGAUACGCAUACGCUGUUGUCUUUAGCUAUUUUGCCAGUGCCACUUAUGUCUACACCCUCGACUAUGGCUUUGACUCCCGCGAAAUUGGCCUCUCCUUCAUCAGCGUCCUCAUCGGCUAUCUUCUGGCUUGUAUCACUUACUUGGUGAUCGAGAAGACACUCUAUGCCCGCGCUGCGCGGCAAGCCCCCAACGGCCGUCCGGCCCCAGAACAUCGACCGUACAGCGCCAUGGCCGGUAGCAUUUUCUUGCCCAUUGGUCUGUUCUGGUAUGCAUGGGCGGCCAACCCAGGCGGCCACUGGGCAAUAGUAGCGGCGAGCGGCAUCCCAUUUGGUCUUGGUGCUUUUGUUCUCUUUCUUUCCUCCAUGAUAUACCUCGUCGAAUCAUAUGGGCCUGGUGCAGCCGCGUCAGCAGCUAUCGCCGCAAGUGGAUCCUUUCGAUACCUCCUCGGAGCGGUGUUCCCUCUGUUCACGAUUCAGAUGUACGAGAAACUCGGCAUUCACUGGGCCGGGAGCGUUUUUGCAUUUCUAUCGUUAGUGCUCCUCCCUAUCCCGUGGAUCCUCUUUACAUUCGGCCAUCAGCUCCGGAAGAACAGCAACUUCAUAGCAUCGUCACAAGUGGAGGAUUAG